AUGAAGAAUGGCAUGAUUGCAUUCCGAAUGAAGAAUAAAGUUUGUUUCAAUUGUGGUCAAGAUCACAACAUUAAUCAAUGUGCUAACGAAACCUCCGUUGCUUUAGUCCCAUGCACUAAAAUUGCUUCUUCUUCCGUUGAAAUUGAAAGAACAUUUUCGGGUGCUAAGUUGUUGGUUACAGACAACAGAUCAAAUUUGGGUUGGGAAAGAAUAGAACAAUGUGUGUUAAUAAGGGAAUGGGCAAACAUUUCAAGAGUAGAUAUUGUCGAAAACUCUGUCAUUUAUAAUUAUUCAAAUAUUUCAAAAAUGGUAUGA